GAGGCCUUGAAGAGGUUGCGAACCAUAGAAACUGGAGGGUGACGGGUACGAUACAAUACGAGGAGCAAGGAGACGGAAAAGGUACAACGCUUAUGUCCGAGCUGACCACCAUCUGCUUCCCCACGAUGAGUGUGCCCUCGACUCCUUGGCAAGCGCCGCAGCCGUCGACAAUCGGCAAGCUCUCCCCGGCCGAGCUGGAGCCCGUCCUGAAACGUCUGCUCGAGUGUCCCAGCUUUUUAACGCCCGUAUUGGCUUCCCAAACUGCCGCAGCCAUCAGCGAGCUUGACGAAGACAGCAGGCCAGACACAUUCGAAGGACUGCUCGAUGUUGCGAGAUACUGCAUUGAUGACGACCCCGGCUGGGAUCUGGAGGAGAGGAGGCAGCUCGUCGGAGGCCACCCGCCAAUCGGGACCAAGCUUACGCCGGGAAGCCUGAGCGAGGAGAGCAGAAGAGAACAACUCAAAGGCGGCGAGGCAGAUCAGGAGACAAUGGACCGACUAGCAAGGCUCAAUGCUCUCUACAACAAGCGAUAUCCUGGCCUAGCAUUCGUCACGUUUGUCGCAGGGAGACCGCGCGCUGUCGUUGCAGACGAGCUCGGGAAGCUGCUUGGGCCAGAAACAGUCGAUGCCAAGGUGAAGGCAGAGUCGUUCCCGGACACGCUGGUCUUCAAGAAAGGGAGCAAAGAAUGGCUUGCAGAGUAUGAGCGAGGGUACGACGCACUAUGGCAAAUUGCAUUCGACCGGGCAGGCAAGAUGGCACAAGGGCAGCCAGCGAAUACGGGAGCAGCAGCGCCGACAGCAGGAGCAGGAGCAGUAGCGCUUGCGGCGGCAGCGCCCGAUCCAACUGCAGUAGCGACCGCGACAGGGAAGAAUGAGAAGCGAGAAGAGCCUUUCAUCUCUCUAGCGACGUUCCGCAUGCUCGCGCUGUCGUCGCCUGUCCUUGAGUCGUUCUUUGAGCGAGAUCUGUCUACUUCCUUCCAGCUCAGCGCACCGGAGCGCUCCGAGUCGGGUGGAGCGUUUGCCUGGCAUGCCGCGCCAUUGUUACCCAACUCGCCAAGGGCGAUUCCAGGCGCGGACGGUGCCUCCUUAUACUCGGCGGCAGCAGGCGGCGGCAGCGGGAAUGUGGGAUCAGCAAUGGGUGGUGCUAUCUCGCACGCGAGCUACAGUAAGGACGUGACGACGGGCGCGCGUGGCAAGGUCGUCGGCUUCCUGGGCGGUCUGCUGGGCGAGGAGGGCAAGGCGAAGAUGACGCAGCUGGCAGACUCGGUGGCGCAGCGGCUGCAAACGCAUACCGUCACGGGGCCCGUGCCGUCAUUUGGGCGCGACCGCACGCUGGACGGCAUGGUGAUGGACACGGCGGAGCUGCGCGACGCGGAGGAGCGCAGGAGGCGCCAGGCGGCCGACGAGCGCAAGGCAUCGUUCGGCGCGCGCCUUGCCGGUGUCGUCCGGGGCACGCCAGCGAGCGCGAACGCCAGCCCACCGGGUGCGGACGCCGCCGUGCCACGGCUGGACGACGCGCCGCGCGGGCGCAAGGCGACGCGGGGCAAGCACGAGAAGACGAUGUUAGUAGUGGAAGACGACGCGCUGCGCAGUGCGGCCGGGAAGCGGGCGAGCAUGCGCGCGACGGACCUGGCGCAGCUCGGCCCCGGCGCGGCGGUCGAGGCCCUGCGGCUCGCCGCAACGCAGGAGCGCUCGCACUUUGUCAUCGACGAGGUCGGCGACGCGCGCGGCGGUGGCGGCGGUGGAGGUGCAGGAGGAGGCGCAGGGGACGCCGAUGCGGAGGUAGAAGCGGAGGCGGAGGAGCUCGGUAUGGAUGAUGCCGUCGCUGGCGCCAUCGCGGCUGCGCCGGACGAGGCGGGCCGGUUGGAGGGCAAGGAGGCGCAGCUGGCGAAAGGUGAGUGGCCGUGCGCAGCGGUUCGGGGUUGACAAGUGCAUUGGUGCGAGGCUGAUCCGACGCGGCCGUCCCGUCUGUGCCCCUGUCCUUGUCCGCUGUAGACCUUCGAUCAGCGCCCGCACAAUAGAAAGAGGGAGAGAAGCACAAGAUGUAAUGGUAACACAGAGUAACUCGCAGCGAGCGAGUGUCCACAUGCUGGCGUUUAGGUGCUCGACUGGUUCUGGAGAAUACGCGAAUGUGCGCUGGCGCUUGCAGGCCUGCAGAGAGCCUGCAGCGCGCGACUUUGCCCGUGGCCAGGAGGACGUCUCAACUUUUGAGGCAUGGAGAGCUUUCCGGCGUCAAAUAUGCAUGGUACCCACGCACGGACGCUCGGCAGCUCUGUCUCGUCUCGUCGUG